UUAUCAGUAUGAAUCAAUUUUACCACUGGCAUAAACUUGUUUCCAUAAAAGCAAAAAUGACAAUUAAUCAGCAACAACCUUACACGAGUGUUUUUGUUUAUAUUUCAAUUCUGACGUUUUUCCAUGUGUUUUAGCAAUAACAAUCUUUAGUAGUGAGAUUUUUCGUGAAAUUUUACUCGUUUUGUUUUUAAGUGCCGGUAAAAAUAUGAAAAAAAUAAAAGUGUAAAUUUAAAAUUAAAUUAUUUAAAUAGAAAAAUAUAUAUUUUAAAUAAUAAAUAAUUAUAAACAAUGUCGAAAAUACCUUUAAUUGUGAUAUUAGGUUCAACUGGAACUGGCAAAACUAAAUUAUCAAUUGAAUUAGCAAAACGUUUUGCUUCAGAAAUUAUAAGUGCUGAUUCUAUGCAAGUUUAUGCAAAUUUGGAUAUUGUUACAGCGAAAGCUACCAAAGAAGAACAAAAGGAAGUUCCACAUCAUUUAUUAGAUGUAGCUACGCCAUCGAAUCCAUUUACUGUUGUACGUUUCAGGAAUCAAGCUUUACCAAUUAUAGAUAAUUUGUUGAAACAAUCAAAAUGUCCAAUUAUUGUCGGUGGCACAAAUUAUUAUAUUGAAAGUAUACUAUGGGAUAUUUUAGUGAAUGCUUCAGAAGAUUCAUACAUAGAAAGUACAGUGGAAUCAAAUGAGAAAUGGCUAACUACGACAUCUGAGGAGCUUCACGAAGAAUUAAAAAAGGUAGAUCCAAAAUAUGCACAAAUGAUUCAUCCAAAUAAUAAAAGAAAAAUUGUUCGGGCUCUUGAUGUUUUCAAACGAACUGGUAUACCCCUUAGCGAAAUUCUUAAAGAUCAGAGGAAUAAACCAGGCGGAAAUCGAUUGGGUGGGCCACUUAGAUACCCACAUACAAUAUUAUUUUGGUUGCGAUGUAAUCAGGAUGUAUUAAAUGACAGAUUGAACAAAAGGGUUGAUUCUAUGCUGAAACAGGGUUUGCUUAAGGAAAUAAGGAAUUUCUAUAAUAUUCAUUUUAUGGAAACAAAGGACGACAGUUAUACAAAAGGAAUUCUUCAAAGUAUUGGAUUUAAGGAGUUUAUACCAUAUUUGAAACAAUUCGAUUCUAAUCAUGAUGAAAUUAUUGGAAAAUAUUUAAAAGAAAACAAUUUUCAAAUAAAAGAAGACUGCGACCAAAAUAAACCAGAAGGUAUGACAAUAUUAUUAAAUUGCCUUGAGGAAUUAAAAUUGGUGACACAAAGAUAUUCAAAAAAACAAAUCAAAUGGAUUAAAAAUCGAUUUUUAGCUAGUAAAGACAGACAAGUACCACCAAUAUAUAAACUAGAUACAUCGGAUGUUAAUCAAUGGGAAAACGAAGUUCAAAAGAAAGCUAUUCAUGUUAUUGAAACAUUUAUUGAAGGAAAAUCAUGUACUAUACAACCAUUAAAACAUAUAAAGCAUCCGGGAAGUGGAUUAAAUGAAGAAGUUACAAAUUAUUGUGAAGUUUGUAAAAGACAUUUUAUUGGAGAAUUUCAGUGGGGUGUACAUCUAAAAUCAAAUAAACAUAAAAAACGAAAGGAUAGUAAUAAUAAAAAACUUAAAAUGCUGCAAAAUGAAGAAAUUUCCAAAUUGAAAAAAUAGUUUUAAAAAUAACAAAUUUCUAUUUCAAUUUAUGUUUAAUACUUUAUUGUCAUUUUCUUUUGUUAUUAUUUUUUUUUCCUGAUUUUUAUUUUGUUACAUUUAAAAGUAUGAAUAACGUUCAUAAUA